AAAGGAGACGGUACUUCCGCCAUCCUGAGCCAUGGCUGCUGCAACCCACAAAAAAGCACUAAGAUUUCUCUCUCAGUUUGGAGCCUUUAUUCUGACCCGGUUCGGGUUCUGGAACUGUUUCAGUAUGCUGAUGCUGUUUGCGGAGCGGGCAGAUGUGAAAAGGAAGCCAGAUAUCCAGGUGCCAUACCUGUACAUAGACCUGGGAGCUGCGGUGUUGUGUGCCAGCUUCAUGUCAUUCGGGGUGAAAAGAAGAUGGUUUGCCCUGGCUGCUGCCAUUCACUUGGCCCUGAGCACAUAUGUGUCCUAUGCUGGUGGACAGGUUCAUUAUGGUGACUGGUUGAAGGUGAGAAUGUACUCCAGAGCAAUGGCCAUCAUUGGAGGGUUUCUGGUGUUGGCCAGUGGAGCAGGAGAGGUUUACAGACAGAAACCUCGUACACGCUCUCUGCAGUCUACUGGACAGGUCUUUCUAGGCAUCUACUUGAUAUGUAUGGUGUACUCGCUACAGCACAGUAAGGAAGACAGACUGGCCUACCUGGACCACAUUCCUGGUGGAGAAAUCACCAUCCAGCUCCUGGUGGUUGUGUGUGGAGUGCUAGCACUCGCCUACCUUUCUGGCUGCUAUGUGCGUAUAGCCUCCCAGAUCCUGGCAAUUCUGUUACCAUUGGUUGUGCUAUUUAUUGAUGGCAACAUUGGCUAUUGGCACCGAACCUGCCGUGUGGAAUUCUGGAACCAGAUGAAGCUCAUCGGGCAGAAUGUCGGCAUCUUUGGAGCAGUGCUUAUUCUGGCCACAGAUGGCUAAAGACAACAUCUCUGUGCAGGCAGUGCUUUUGGACAAACACAAGAGAUCAAGCAUAUGUCUCAGGGGAUCUUUUGAUGAUAUCAAAGCAAUUAUUGGCCAGGCGCUGACAGAGGUUGAGUAUGUACACACAAAAGUACAGAGGAUACAACUCUCAGCUUGCUUGGCAAUGUGACUCAUUCACCUCUGGAAUUCCGAUGGCAAGCAUGAAGUCUUCAAAAGACUGUUUACAUUUCACCUAUGUUCUUUUUCUAAUGCAUUAUUUAAAUGGUAAAGAAAACCAGUGUAUGUCUUAAAAUAAUGUUAAAGUUGAAUGAUAAAUUAUGGCCAGUUUGGAAAAACACUUUGGUCAAGUUUGGAUGUUCUUAAGUUGUUAGUGAUGUAUAAGGGAUUUCCCCCCACAUAUUACAGGCAGUUAAAAUAGCACUGUAUUUUGCUGCUUGCAUUCAAUCUGCAUUUCUUAUAAGAUUUAUUGCAAUAUUGUUGUCAAAAACAAUCAUUGUUUUGUAUAGACUUCUGGUAUAUCCUGAAUCUUCUGGUUAUUGUAGAAUUUCAUUUUUAUCCAAAGCCACUAACAGUGCAUUCAGGUUUAUCAGUAGGUGUGUUCCCUGGGAAUCAUUGGCAUCGCCUUGCCCUUUCAGUUAAGCUACAGGUAUACAGUGUAUAGGUAUAGUAAGAUGACAGUUAAAUUGCAGUUUUUUCCUGUAAAUGUUAAAGUGGCAACUCUGGAACUCAUAGUAACAAACCACAGGUUUCAUGCAUGUUCACAUAUAGAAGUAAAAUUCAUACUAAUAGUUAAAAAAAAAAAAACUAUUCUCCAAAUCAUUUCACAAAUGAGAGACACACACACACAUUUCCAAUUAUACAAAUGAACUGGUCAGAUCAGAAGAAUUGGGAGAAAUACAUGCAACAAAUUCUUUUCAUCACAUUAAGUGACACAAUAAUGCACUGUUUACUAUAUCCCUUUAUGUAAAAUUGAAAGUAACUGAAUAAAUUAAACAACAGGCAGUCCCCAUGGUUCAAGUU